UCUCCUAAUGGCCAAAGACAUCUUACUCUUCCUAAUAGCCUAAGAUAUCUUCGGUGGGAGGGGUGUCCUUUCAAAUGUUUGGCAUCCAGUCACAAACAACGAAUGGAGUUUCAGUUUGUUCACCUUGAGUUGCGGGGAUGCAAUCUUGAAUAUCUUUGUGAAGGAGUAAUGUCCCUUACGGUUCUCGAACUUUCUUGUUGCUGUAAAAUCAGUUCGUUUCCGAAAUUUACGGGAAUUAUGAAAAGCCUAUCGGAACUCAGUUUGAGCUGGACUGCUAUUGAGAAAGUAGAACCCUCAUCAAUCGAGCGUUUGACUACCCUUGCUUUCUUAGAUCUAAGUCACUGCACACGUCUUGAAUGUCUUCCAGGCAACAUGGAUAAUUUGACUGCCCUUGCUUUCUUACAUCUAAGUCACUGCACACGUCUUGAAUAUCUUCCAAGCAACAUGGAUAAUUUGACUGCCCUUGCUUUCUUAGAUCUAAGUCACUGCACACGUCUUGAAUAUCUUCCAAGCAACAUGGAUAAUUUGAAGUCUCUUGAAAAUGUCAAUUUUUCCCAAUGCUCAAAACUAAAAUCGUUGCCAAGGCUUCCAUCAAAUGUAAGACAUAUAGAGGCUAAAGGUUUUUCUUUCCUAAACUGGUCACCAGAAGGGGUCAAACUAAGUAUCUGGUCACAACCUCUCUCCCAAUGGCUUCCAUUUGAUGAGGGCGGCAGUCUAGUGGGAUUUACAAAACUGUUCCAUUUCCUACGGGGGCUCUUUUUUCAUAAAGCCGUUUUGGGUGGAUAUAUUAUUCGGUCAUGGUCAGCUGUAAAAGAGGGGUUUUCAAUAAACAUAAAGCUGCCUUCAAAUUGGUAUAAUAGUAAAUGGAUAGGAUUUGCUCUCUGGGCAUCACUUCCACAACUUCCACGUGUUGUAGAAGUGAAAGAUGGUAUUACAGCUCGUUUGAUAGCCCCUGGUGGUAUGCGUCGGAAUCACAGUGCCUUUGGACAUUCUACUACCUAUAUAAACGGUAUUUGCCUAUUGUAUUUGUCUCGGAAGGUUUGGUUUCGUACUGUUGGGAAUGAUGAAUGCAGUCAGAUUACGGUUAUAUUUGAGAACCGUAAUGAUAACUCCAGUUCCUCUUCUUUUGAUGAUAACUCAAGUUCCUCUUCUUUUGAGAAUGAUAACUCAAGCUACUCAACCGAACAUAUAUGGGGGGAAUGUGGGGUCAGUUUGAUAUACAAGCAAGGUGUGGUCCGUGUGGAUGAGCUCAACGAAACAAAUGCACCACGUUUUAUUGAGAGCUUUGGGGAAGUAUCCAUCUAUAAAUUAACUGGUAAAAGUCCAUCUCAACCAUCCUUCUCAUUAAUGGCCAAUCCUAUUCUAUCUUAUUUUCUUUCUAACUAUAUAUACAUCUGGUUUUGUCACUGGCAAGUAAUUCAAGUCAUUUUUCAUUUUCUUCUUUUGGCUCACCAUGUGCAAGCAUAUAUAUAUUCUUCAUAAUCAUCGGUUUCAUGCUUUCCAAUAUAGGUGGUGAUGAUGAUGUACAUAUAGUCGGUGAUGAUGGUGUACGUAUAGUCGAUGAUGAUGAUGAUGUACAUAAAUUCCGUGAUGAUGUACAUAAAUUUGGUGAUGAUGAUUUUGAUGAUGAUGAUAUAUAGAGUUGGUGAUGGUAAUGAUUGACAUGACUGCAAAAGAUGACACCUAAUGGCUGUUAAUACUUGACUAUCUUUUUUUCAUUGGAUGGAUUUCAAUCAAGGCUUAGGCAAUUAGAUGUGUACAUGCAUUUCAAUCAGCCUGACCAUGUUUUAAUCAAUUUGUAUUUGGUUCAUUUACAAUUAUUUGGAAACUUGUUCAAGUGGCAUAUUUGUGCAUCUUGUUUCAAAAUGAAAAUGGAGUGGAUGAUCUACUUUUACAGGGGAUCUAAGUAUAGACAGAUACUGAGGUAUAAGGUUUUACUAACAAUAUUUCUUGUUGGAUGAAUUUCAAGUGAGUUUGGUGCUAUUGGAUUGCAUACAAGCAUUACUUAAGGCAGUGUGUGGGAUGACUGGUGCAUGAAGGGCUUUAUACGGACAAGUCAAUGGGGCAGAGCUAUUCCUUCUGCAUAUGGGAGCUAUUCUUUUGCUUCAUUGUUCCUUCUGCCGGAAUGGUUUGCUUGGAAAUUACUUAUUUGUGCUACUAGCCUACUACAUGCCACAUGCAUUUGGACCCACAGAAGUUUUCUCUAAACGUGUUUCCUUACACCUGAACUUAUCUUAAGCACUUGGGCUUCAAAUGAGUUGGGAGGUGGGAAUCCACAAGCAGCUAAAAUGACUUUCAAGAUUGUAAUGGUUCUUGUAGUUGCAGAGAUGGUUAUUAUAGGCAUGAUUCUCUUCUCAGCAGAGAGAAGGAAGUUUUGGAUCAUGAUUUCUCUCCAUAAUCAUGGAUGGCUUACUAGCAGUACUUUCAGGGUAACUUUCUCACAUUACUCUCAUGUAAUGGGCUUUUACUUGGAGCAAAACUUUUGAAUUUCUAACUUAUUUAUUCAAGGUAUACCAUCAACUGAGCAUUCAUUCAUUAUUCAGUUUAUAAUAUUUUCUUUAGAAUUU